CGAUUUUCGUAGUUGAUGCUAAAUCUGCUCGCCUCGUGUUAGCUUUAUAGAAUUACAUUUACCGUUGGUCGUUACAGAGGUUGUUUCAUGAGGUUUUCUAUUAUACAGAUAUGAAGUUUGAUGACGAGCUAGAAACCUGUGAACUGAAAGUCUUAGAAAGUUCUGAUCUCGAGAAACUUGCUGCUCAAAAUUCGAGAUUAUUGCCAUCUUGGCAAGCAAAUAAAUUAGAAGCAGAAGCCAAGAAACAUUGGGAUUUGUUCUAUAAGCGAAAUGAAAACAGAUUUUUUAAGGACAGGCAUUGGACGACGAGAGAAUUCAAGGAGUUAUUACAAAUAGAGGAUGGUGGUAGAAAAAGUCUCUUAGAAGUUGGAUGUGGCACAGGUAAUCUGAUCUAUCCUCUUUUGGAGGAGGGAUUGAACUUGGAGUUUUGGGUUUGUGACAUCUCACCGAGGGCUCUAGAUAUCGUUCGACAGCAUCCUUUGUAUAGUGAGGAUGUCGUCCAUACUGUCUUAGCAGAUAUUACUCAGCCAGGGAGUUUAUCAACAAUAUCAGAGGUAAACAUUGUUACUCUGGUAUUUGUACUAUCCGCUCUUCAUCCUACAAAAAUGAAAGAUGCCGUCUUGAAUAUUUGUUCUAAGCUUAAGCCUGGCGGAACUCUCCUGUUUAGGGACUAUGCCAGGUGGGAUAUGACACAGUUGCGUUUUGGCCCUGGUCGUAAAAUUGAAGAAAAUUUCUAUGCCCGGCAGGAUGGUACUAGGUCUUAUUUCUUUACAAUCGAAGAAGUUGAUGAGCUAUUCCGUGAAGGAGGGCUUUCAAAAAUCUCUAAUGUGUACAUUAAAAGAAGAACUAUUAACAAAAAAGAAAAUAUUGAUGUUCCUAGAUACUUUGUGCAAGCUAAGUAUACUAAACCACAUUCUGCGAACACUUAGUUUCAAGAUGAAUAUAUUUUGUGAUACUGAAUCGUUCUGGACUAUGAACAUCUAAGAACAUGAAUAUAAACUGAGGAUGGUCAUUAUUAAAAACGAUUUCUGGAUCAUGAUUGACUUUUAAGAAAGAAGAGCUGAACAUAGGAAUUCUGAGUUUUUGAAUCUCCCGGAUUACUAUUUAUUUGCUGUAUUGCUCUUUUGGGAGAACAUCGUCCAACCUGGAUGAUCCUGAUAUUGAUCCACUGUUGGUGGCUUAUAUUUUUGUUGGCCCUGAUCUAAUAAUAUUUGGACUGGGAUAAUGAGAGCCGUUACUAUUCAAGAAAUAAUAUACUCCUAUGCUAAGGAAAUAUAAAUAUCGAAUUUCGAAGAAAACGGCACUUCGAAACAAAAGACUUACUGAGGUCACAUAGUUGA